ACUUGUAAUGCGCGUUUCUUUAUAGUGUUUUCUAUUUGCUGUACGUGACUUAGUUGAGACGUAAAACAGCACUUGUCUGAUAGAUUCUAGCAAUCAAUCCCACGAGCGUAAUCAUUGUUUAGCUGCCUAACAUACUAUAAGCCACAAAAUGGAAGCCAGAAGGUUAACUUCUUGGUUUGAACGCCGAUCGACAGAACUAUUGCCUGGAAUGGAAGGCAAAUACGUUGCUCGAGGACAGUUCGCUGAAAAGUGUAUAGCUGUCCUCACAAGUGGUGGAGAUGCCCAAGGAAUGAAUGCAGCUGUACGCGCUGUGGUUCGGAUGGGAAUAUACUGUGGAUGUCGUGUAUUCUUCAUUAAAGAAGGAUAUCAAGGUCUUGUAGACGGUGGUACAAAUAUUGUAGAAGCAUCAUGGGCUGACGUUUCCGGUAUACUUCAGGCUGGUGGUACUGUGAUUGGAUCUGCUCGGUGCAUGGACUUUCGACAGCGUGAAGGACGUUUGAAAGCUGCUGCCAAUUUGGUUAAGAAUGAAAUCACAAAUUUAGUUGUUAUUGGUGGUGAUGGAUCACUUACUGGGGCUGAUCUAUUUCGUAGUGAAUGGUCAGGUCUAUUGGAAGAACUUGUGAAUUCAAAUCAAAUUUCACCUGAAAGUGCAGAACGUUUCGGUCAUUUGAAUAUAGUCGGUCUAGUUGGGAGUAUUGAUAAUGACUUUUGCGGUACAGAUAUGACAAUUGGCGCAGAUUCAGCACUGCACAGAAUUAUUGAAGCAACUGAUGCUAUCAGUACAACAGCUAAUUCACAUCAACGAUGUUUUAUUCUUGAAGUGAUGGGUAGACAUUGUGGCUAUCUAGCAUUAGUUGCUUCAAUGGCAUGUGAAGCUGAUUGGGUAUUUAUACCUGAAAUGCCACCAGCUGAUGAUUGGCGUGAGAAAUUGUGUCAUAAACUUCGAAUGAAUCGUGAAUAUGGCCAACGUGUUAACAUCAUCAUGGUUGCUGAAGGUGCUAUUGAUAAGGAUUGCAAACCGAUUACCUGUGAAGAUGUGAAAAAUUUAAUUGUCAAAGAACUUCAAUUCGAUACACGUAUCACAGUAUUGGGGCAUGUACAACGUGGUGGUUCACCUUCAGCCUUUGAUCGUAUUCUUGGCAGUCGCAUGGGUGCUGAAGCUGUACUUGCUUUAAUGGAUGCUGAUCGUAACCGUGAUCUACCAGCUUGUGUUAUCAGUUUAGAUGGGAAUCAAGCAGUACGUGUACCACUUGUAAAGUGUGUCGACAGAACACGUAAAGUUGCUGAAGCAAUGAAAAACUUUGAUUUUGAUCAUGCAGUUGAACUACGUGGCACGAGUUUCAUGAACAAUUUGUCCACAUAUAUAAAACUUUCUAAAAUUGAACGACCACGUCAAAGUACCCGGUCAAGUGAAAAUAAUUUAAAACUUGGUAUAGUGAAUGUUGGUGCUCCAGCCUGCGGUGUUAAUGCUGUAAUGAGAGGAUUCGCUCGUCUGGGUAUUACUAAAGGCUUUACUGUUCUGGGUAUACAUGAAGGAUUUUCUGGUCUUGUUAACGGUGAAGUGAGUGAAAUACAAUGGUCUGAUGUACGUGGAUGGGUUGCACUUGGAGGCUCUGCUCUGGGAACACGCAGAGAUACACCGAAUAGUUUAGGUAUUGAAAAAGUGGCAAAUAAAUUCAAAGAAUAUAAAUUUAGUGGUCUACUUGUUAUUGGUGGAUUUGAAGCCUAUGAGUGUAUGAUAGAAUUAGCUGAAGGACGUGAUAAACAUCCUGAGUUAUGCAUACCUAUGGCUAUGGUACCGGCUACAAUAUCUAAUAAUGUACCAGGUACUGAUUUCUCUUUAGGUUGUGAUACAGCAUUGAAUGAAAUAUGUUCAAUUCUAGACAAAAUUAAACAAAGCGCUUUAGGCACAAAACGUCGUGUAUUUGUUGUUGAAACAAUGGGUGGUUAUUGUGGUUAUCUGGCGACAAUGAGUGCAUUGGCUGGUGGUGCAGAUGCCGCCUACAUCUAUGAAGAACCAUUUACAAUUGAUGAUCUUCGUGAAGAUGUUGUACAUUUACGUGCUAAAAUUGCUGAUAAUGUUCAACGUGGUUUAGUACUACGAGCUGAAUAUGCUAAUAAAAAUUAUACUAGUGAAUUUAUUCAUCAGUUAUAUGCAGAAGAGGGUAAAGGAAUAUUUGAUUGUCGUUGUAAUGUAUUGGGCCAUAUGCAACAAGGCAAUAGUCCAAGUCCAUUUGAUCGGAAUUUAGGCACGAAAUUUGCCUCAAAAGCAAUCGACUGGUUAAAUGAUCAAAUUAACUCUAAUAUACGUUCAGAUGGUAAGUUGAUUUGCCUCCUUCUACAUAGUAUAUGCAUCUAAUAAGAUAUUUUUUCAUGUUUUUGUAUUUUUGAGUUAGUUUUGUACUUUAUCGUGCCUCAUUUCUAAAACCUUCUUAUUCGGAUAUUAUAUUGUUAUAAAUAGCAAACACAAUUUAAGCAAAUACUUAAUUUUGGAAAAUUCACCUUUUUUCCGCUAUGGCUUUCAAAUACAACUGCAUUAAUUUCCUUCCCGGUCACCUAAAUCAAUGUAUAUAUUAUUUUUGUACUCUUAUCCCUGUCAUCAUUGUUACACUCCGUUCUAACUUACAUUUAUAUCUUACCCUUAGUUUUAUAAUUUAUCAAAAUUUCAAAAACCUUAUUGUCAUACAAUUCAGUUCCCUUGAUAAUUUUUUGAAAAGCAAAAAAAAAUUAUUGUGGUAUGAAUCAAAUUCAUUUCAUGUGCUCUAAAUGUUCUACAUGCACACUGAAUUUAAUAUUGUGUACAGUGAACUAUCAGUGUUUAAUUGCCAUUCGAAAGUCAUUGACACAUUCUAUCCCUACUCACAUACACACUGCACUCAUACGUCCGUGGUGAUUGCCUCCUGAGAAUGCGUAUACUCUUUGAAGAUAUUAUCACUAUUACAACCUUUAUUGUUAUUCUCUAAAUCAUAUAUUCGAAUUACACUGAUUAUAAUGGUAUCAAUUUAUAGGAAAUGUAUAUUUACUGAAACUGUUCUCUACUCAUCUAUCUACUGACAAAUUAUAAGUAGUAUCAUUUUCUAAAAGUUUUAUGCUGACCAACUAUUGUCAGAUUUUCUCGAUGUUCAAUGAAGUUAAAUUUCUUCAAAUCGUCUUCGUUCGAAAUUGUUUUCUCAAUCAGCAAAUGAAUGAUUCAAACUUUAACUAAAAACAAGAUAGGCAUUCAUAGUUUUGAAGGUUACUGGUUUAAAUCUUCUUGUACAGCAGAUUUACUUCAUAUCAUCAUUCUCACAUUGAAUUUUUCUGGUAAAAAAGUAUGAAUACCAUGAUGCACGAUGGAUUUUCUGCAGUGAUCGCGUUAUCUAAGGAAUUUUUAUCGAUUGAGAUGAAGUUGAAAAUAUUCUUUUGGAUACAAUCGUCAUCAUCAAGAAAUAAAACAUAUAUUAAGAUUGUAUUCUUGAAAAGUUAAGCAGAUGAAUGUAUGCUUUGAUUCUGCUUUCAAUCGCAGAAAAUGUAAUGAGACUCAUUCUAAAAAUGAUAUAGAUUCCAAUUUUCAGAAUUAAGAGGAUUCAUAUAAGCAAAGAAUAGUGUUUUCAAUUAGCUGUCAUUGGGGUUUUACUUAACCGCAUAAAGCAUUAAGCCAAUCAUAGUGAAUUAUUUAGGCUAUGGUGAUAAGCUAAUGAAGUAUGCAAAUAGUAACUUUGCAAACAAUCAUCAUUAUUAUAAUCUCAGUAUUUAUCCUAAAAAUGAUAAAAAUAAUAUGAACAGCAUGGUACUGGAGACAUUUAGACAAUUAUUGUUGAUCAAAAUUUGGAUAAAGUUGUAUAAUACU